CCAGAGACCGCUGGUAGUGCCUACAGCGGCCAGGGCCGCAACCACUUCUUUCUUUGGCUACUCCCAGCCGGGGACUCCCCCGCCCGCUCCGCCCAGCGCGCGCCCCCGCGGCAGUCCGCGUCCGCCCCCGCCGGUCAGCCCUCGCUCGGUUCCCGGCCCGCGCAGCCCUCCCAGCCGGCUCGCGAGAACGAGCAGGGGAGAGGACGGAGCCCGAGGGCUGGAGAACUCGACUCUCCGCAGCGGGCAGCCGGGCCCCUAGCUGCGGCAGCAGAGGCAGCGGCUGCCGGCGGCGGCGGCGGAGGCCGGGAGGUACCAGCGCGCGCUGGGUAGCGGAGAGCUGCAGGGCGGGGGCUGCGGCCGGUGGCCUAAGGGAGGGCUUGCUUGCAGUCAGCAUGGCGGGGCUGCGGGCCAGGCGGGGUUCCGGACUCCGGCUGCUGGCGCUGUCCACGCUCGGCUUCUGCCUGAUGCUGCAAGGCAGUGCCAAGAGGCCCCCCAAGACGCCCCCCUGCCCGCCUAGCUGCUCCUGCACCAGGGAUACCGCCUUCUGCGUGGACUCUAAGGCAGUGCCCAGGAACCUGCCCUCCGAGGUCAUCUCUCUGACGCUGGUGAAUGCUGCCUUCUCGGAGAUCCAGGAUGGAGCGUUUUCCCACCUGCCACUGCUGCAGUUCCUGUUACUCAACUCCAACAAGUUUACUCUGAUUGGAGACAACGCCUUCACAGGACUGUCACACCUGCAGUACCUCUUCAUUGAGAACAAUGACAUCUGGGCAUUAUCCAAGUUUACCUUCAGAGGACUCAAGUCAUUGACACACCUAUCGCUGGCCAACAAUAACCUGCAGACACUGCCUAGAGACAUCUUUCGGCCACUGGACAUCCUGAGUGACUUGGACCUGCGGGGCAACUCACUCAACUGUGACUGCAAGGUGAAGUGGCUGGUAGAGUGGCUGGCGCACACCAACACCACGGUGGCUCCCAUCUAUUGUGCCAGCCCACCCCGAUUCCAAGAGCACAAGGUGCAGGAUUUGCCGCUGCGGGAGUUCGACUGCAUCACCACGGAUUUUGUGCUGUACCAGACCCUGCCCUUCCCAGCAGUAUCAGCUGAGCCCUUCCUUUACUCCAGUGACCUCUACUUGGCGUUAGCCCAGCCAGGUGCCAGUGCUUGCACUGUCCUAAAGUGGGACUAUGUUGAACGGCAGCUUCGAGAUUAUGAUAGAAUCCCAGCCCCCUCGGCGGUGCACUGCAAGCCAAUGGUGGUAGACAGCCAACUGUACGUGGUGGUGGCCCAGCUGUUUGGUGGAUCUUACAUUUACCACUGGGACCCCAACACCACACGUUUCACCAAGCUGCAGGAUAUCGACCCACAGCGCGUGCGCAAGCCCAAUGACCUAGAGGCUUUCCGCAUUGACGGUGACUGGUACUUUGCCGUGGCCGACAGCUCCAAGGCAGGUGCCACCAGCCUCUACCGCUGGCACCAGAAUGGCUUCUACUCCCAUCAGGCCCUACAUGCCUGGCACCGUGACACUGACCUGGAGUUUGUAGAUGGUGAGGGCAAGCCACGGUUGAUUGUGUCUAGUAGCUCCCAGGCACCUGUCAUCUAUCAGUGGAGUCGUACCCAGAAGCAGUUUGUGGCCCAGGGUGAGGUGACCCAGGUUCCCGAUGCUCAGGCUGUGAAGCACUUCCGUGCUGGGCGCGACAGCUACUUGUGUCUCAGCCGCUACAUCGGUGACUCCAAGAUCCUGCGCUGGGAGGGCACCCGCUUCUCCGAAGUGCAGGCCCUGCCCUCCAGGGGCUCACUGGCCAUGCAGCCCUUCCUUGUGGGUGGCCGCCGCUACCUGGCACUGGGCAGCGACUUCUCCUUCACGCAGAUCUACCAGUGGGAUGAGGGGCGCCAAAAGUUCGUGCGGUUCCAGGAACUGGCUGUACAGGCCCCUCGGGCCUUCUGCUACGUGCCUGCUGGGGAUGCCCAGCUGCUCCUGGCCCCCAGCUUCAAGGGACAGACUCUCGUGUACCGACACAUAGUGGUGGAUCUCAGUGCCUAGAGGGGUGCCGAGGCUGCUGGGUUCCUCGGGCGGCCACUGGAGGCUGAAAAGAAGUCUCUGUGUGAGCAGCAUGUGUGCCCUUUGUGAAGACACAUGUAGCCAACCUGCAUACAUGCCCUCACGUACACCCUCUGCACACCCAUGAGCACAGUGCACACUAUGGACUGGCCCGGAGGAGCCACUGGUCACUGUUGUAAUCAGCAUGAAGACUUGUAUAUGCACCAGGCAACCCAGCAGCCCCAUACCCUCUCAUAUGUGGACACUUGUCAGCCCCACACCCUACUGAAGGCCCCCCUUGAUGUGCUGCUUUCCCCACCUUCUGGUCCCAGGGUAGGAGGGGCAGAGCCACCACCCACUCCUGUUUUUCAGCAUAUCCUUUCCACUUUCUGGUCUCUCCUGUUGGUGCUCCAGGUGUCUGUUUACCUACUCGUGCUCCGCCGUGCAGCCAAUGGCAUCCUUCACACUGCUGGGCUCGCUCACCCAUGCUGUAUUCCUUCUGCAUGCACACAUGGACACACAUGAGCACACCUGUUGACACUCCCAUUUCUGUAUGCAUACAUGCAAGUUCAUUGCUGCCUAAAGAGGCUCUCUUUCAUCACCUUGCCUCUCUUUUGGAGAAGACACACAAUACCCGCCCUCCUCUGCUCAUCCCUGGUGUGCCCACCCUGUAGCUGAUAAGGAUGGGAAUGUUCGUGCCAGCCUCUGGGUACCUGCCAGAGCUCCUGGGGGCAAAGCCCAUCUGCCCAAAGCAAUAACAACAGCAGACCCUGACCUCUUCUUAGGGCUCUCUGUUCUUUCUGGAGUUUCCUGCUCUGAUCCUGAAUCCCGCUCACCUGUGGACAGAAGACCACCCAGAGAAAAGCUUUCCAGCUUUUCUUUACUAUAGCUGCGGGAGCCUCAGACCACCCUGUCGAUCAGCCCCACCUUUGGGAUUGGACCUUGAGCUGUGUAGGCUCCUUUAGGUGGGUCCAAGAGCUGGCCGAGCCAGGGACACUGCAAACAUGAGCGAACUGGGUGACUGCCAAGAGUAGAGCAGGGCUAGAGAGCAUCCAGGGGAACCUGGGACCUCUCCAGUUCACAGAAGCAGGCCCCAGGCACAUUGCCUUUUAAUGCAAGCUGAGUGUUGGGGGUUGGGGCUGAGGGUCCCGAGGGGGCAGCACCUGGAAGCCAAGCUUCUGCUGCCCUCUGCUGUAUGCUGGGAAUAGAUAGUUCUGAACUGGAGGCUGGUGGAGAAGGCAUGGGGUGGGGAAACCACCCUGUGCCCAGACUGUGUGAGGGCCUACUGGUGGCAAGAUGCUCAGGGGCACUUGGGGACAAUGUUAUGACUCACUGCUGCAAAUAAAAAUUCCCACCCCAUUGCCAGCUCUCAGGUGUCCAAUGGCUGUGGCCAGUGGUAGCUGUUUCAUUGAGAACAGGGCCAGGGCUGUGCUUUCUGUCCCUGCUGUCCCAUGGGAGGUUAGGGGGCAUUAACGUUCAGACUCCCUUCUUCCAUGUUCUCUUUCCUUGGAGGAGCGAGUGGGCACCCCAGGGUCAUCUGGUACUGGGGUCAGGAGUUCAUGGUGAUGACACUCAGGUGCAGAGCAAGUGUGACUAGUCUCCACCACCCACCUGAGGCUGACUCAUGACCCAGGUUGUUUCUUCCUGGAGCACACAGUCUUGGGGCCCACUGAGAUUGGAGUCUGUCCCUCUGUUAGGUCAACUCCAACCAACAUGGCCAAAGAUAAACUCAGCAGUCCCUCUCCUCUCCUCUUGCCUCCCUCCAUUGCUGCCAGCCCUUGCCCUGGGUGUAAGAUUUCAGGCAAGUUGACUGAUUUCCCUGGUCUUCAGUUUCUCCUUCUGUAAAGUAGAUAAUAAAGCCUACUCUGUAAGUUCUUGAUUCUUCCACUUACUAGCAGGGGUGGCCUCAAACCAUCUAGCCUAUUUGUAUCUCAGUUUUCUCAUCUAUAAAAGGUGGAUAAUCAAGAUACCUACCUUACAGGGUUAGUGUGAAAUGUAAAUGCAUUAAAUAUAUAAAACACUAAUAUAUGAAA